AUGACGUCCAAAGUCCCUGCGAUUGUUCUCAAUCGCCUCAGCGAGCGGGCCAAGGAGACCCUUGACAAGGUCGCCAAGUUCGUCGAGGAGGACUGCAUCCCCGCCGACCCCGUUCUCGAGGCACAGAUUGGCGAGGGCGACGACCGCUGGAAGAGCCACCCUUCCAUCGUCGAGGACCUCAAGGCCAAGGCCCAGAAGCUCGGCCUCUGGAACAUGUUCCUCCCCAAGGGCCACUACAAGGAGUCGCCCGGCUUCACCAACCUCGAGUACGGCCUCAUGGCUGAGUGGCUCGGCCGCUCCCGCGUCGCCUCCGAGGCUGUCAACUGCGCUGCCCCCGACACGGGCAACAUGGAGGUUCUCGCCAAGUACGGUAACGAGGCGCAGAAGGCCCAGUGGCUGAAGCCUCUGAUGGACGGCAAGAUUCGAUCUGGCUUCCUCAUGACGGAGCCCGACGUCGCUUCGUCUGACGCGACGAACAUCCAGCUGAGCAUCCGUAAGGAGGGCAACGAAUACGUUCUGAACGGCUCCAAAUGGUGGUCCAGCGGUGCUGGUGACCCCAGGUGUUCCAUCUACAUCGUCAUGGGCAAGAGCGACCCCAACAACAAGGACCCCUACAGGCAGCAGUCCGUCGUGCUUGUGCCCGCCGAUACCAAGGGCAUCACCAUUCACCGCAUGCUCAAGGUUUACGGCUACGAUGACGCCCCCCACGGCCACGGCCACAUCACCUUCAAGGACGUCCGUGUCCCCGUCAGCAACCUCGUUCUCGGCGAGGGCCGCGGUUUCGAGAUCAUCCAGGGUCGUCUUGGACCCGGCCGCAUCCACCACGCCAUGCGCACCAUUGGCGCUGCCGAGAAUGCGCUCGACUGGAUGCUCAUGCGCAUCAACGACCCCUCCAAGAAGCCUUUCGGCCAGCAGCUCGCCGAGCAGGGCGUCAUCCUCGAGUGGGUCGCCAAGUCGCGUCUCGAAAUCGACGCGGCACGUCUCGUGGUCCUCAACGCGGCCAUCAAGAUGGACGAGCUCGGCCCCAAGAAGGCCCUCAAGGAGAUUGCCGAGGCCAAGGUGCUCGUGCCGCAGACGGCGCUGACAGUCAUUGACCGCGCCAUCCAGACGUUCGGCGGCGCCGGCGUCUGCCAGGACACGCCGCUGGCGGCGUCGUGGGCGGGCAUCAGGACACUGCGGUUGGCGGACGGACCGGACGAGGUGCACCUCAGGCAGAUGGGCAAGAACGAGAACAAGAGGGGCAAGGAGGUGACGGACAAGAUCAAGGGACAGCAGGCUAAGACGCAGGCGUUGCUGAGCCAGUACAAGGUCCAGAUCGCGCAGCCGGGGACCAAGAUCAACAAGUCGAGGUUGUAA